GAGAGGAGCCGGGAGACGCACCCAAGUGACUGCUGGAAAGCUUCAUAAGAGGAUCCAUUUCAUCAUGAGCUUCCAAGUAGUGCUGCUGUCCUUUCUCCUGGCAUCUGUGAGCUGGUCCAAAGGAGCUGUCAUCACAGGAGCUUGUGAGCGAGACAUGCAAUGUGGCCUGGGUCUGUGCUGUGCCGUCAGUCUGUGGUUGAGGGGCCUGAGGAUGUGCAUCCCGAGGGGUACCGAAGGCGAUCUAUGCCACCCGCUGAGCCACAAGGUGCCCUUUUUUGGUAAAAGGCAGCACCACACGUGCCCCUGCCUCCCCCACUUGGUGUGCACCCGCUACGCCGGAAGCAAGUACCGAUGCACUGAAGACUACAAGAACAUAGACUUUCAAUAAAAGGGCCAGAGAAUCCCUUUCAAGACUUUUGGGGACGAAAAACACAUCCUGGCGACUCUUUACGUAUAUACUAGCAGUGUUGGGCAAAGUACCACCUGUCUGUCCAUUUUGCAAAUGUAAAUGGUAUUGAUGUCAGUUGCACAAUACAUUUGACUUGUCUUGAUUGUAGUCAUGCACUUCAUGCCUCAAGGAGCCAUAGAAGCCACGUCAGACACUUUCAACGUUUUGUGACCUAUUAAAGUAUUUGUUGCUAAUUUAUCACAGGACUGUACACUGAUCUUGCCAAUAAAAGAUGAAACGACA